AUGACAUCCAACCUCCUCCCUAUCAAAGUCUGGGGCAAGGGCGGCCCCAACCCGCCCCGGGUGGCGAUUAUCCUGCGCGAACUGGGCCUGCCAUAUGAAAUCCAGCCUCUGCCCUUGAGCGAAGUGAAAACGCCCGCGUAUGUGGCCAUCAACCCUAACGGCCGGCUGCCCGCCAUCCACGACCCCAACACGAACCUCACGCUGUGGGAGUCCGGCGCGAUCGUCGAGUAUCUCGUCGAGCGGUACGACACAGCCCACAAGAUCAGUUUUGCCCCGGGCUCCAACGAAGCCCAGCUCGCGCGGCAGUGGCUCUUCUUCCAGGCCACCGGGCAGGGGCCGUACUACGGCCAGGCGGUCUGGUUCAAACGCUUCCACAAGGAAAAGGUCCCCAGCGCGAUCCAGCGGUACGUGGAGGAGAUCAAGCGGGUGUCUGGGGUGGUGGAUACGUUCCUGAGCAAGCAGGAGGUGGGCGAGGGCGGAGAUGGGCCCUGGCUCGUGGGAGGGAAGUGUUCGUAUGCGGAUCUGGCGUGGGUGAGCUGGCAGCUGCGAGUGCCCAAGCAUAUCAGCGUCGAGGAUGGGUAUGAUGUGAAUGAGUUUCCAUAUUUAAAGGAUUGGCUGGAUCGGAUGAUGAAGCGGGAGCCAGUGAGGGGAGUCAUGGAGGAGGUGCCUUAA